AUGCGUAACUCGGCAUCUCCAUCGGCUGGUAAGCGCCGGCUUCAUGAUGCCGGGGAUAUCGAUGUAUGUAACCAUCUUGUACCAGUCUCGGGCCCCAACAUUUUGCCAUGCCCCACCAACUCGCUGCAGUGCAUUGCUUUUUCUGACUGGGAUGUUGAUCUGCAGGCACGGCGUGAGCGGAAUCGCAAAGCUCAAACCGAAUUCCGUCGGCGCCGACAAGUAGCUGAAAGGUCGAGAGACCUUCGACUACAGCUACUCGAGGAUGUCGUCGGGGAAAUGGCCACAAUCCUCACCGACUUUUGUGACGAACUGCUCAGGAAUGAGGCUGCGGCAAAAGACCCCAAUCUGGUGGCUUGUCUCCGGCGCUCAUCAGCUCGGGUCAUUGCUCUGGUUAAGACUGUGCAUCCGGAGGAGACGGUGGAUGCCACAGCGACGAUACAUAUUUCAAGGUCUUCUCAUAGCCCCGGCACUGGUCGCUCGAUCGAAUCCAUAUUAGAAGACACCUCGGAACGUCGCGACGAGCUAUGCCACUCAGAACAAGCUGAUAAUAGCGGCCCUUAUGUGUCCUCCAAUGACAGCCCACCUGCAACCUCGAUGGAACAUGAAAGAGCAGUUCCUGGGUGGUCUCUGUAUUUAGCGGAGAUGGCUCAAUCCGACAGUCCUCGUGGCUAUGAUUUCGACAGUAGGGGGAGAGCGAACUUAGACCUCCAGCCAGUCCAGCGGCUUCCCCCUUGGAUCCCCUCCUCCUCGCUGCGGGUCGUUCCUUUCCCUCUUCGCCUGGUCAAAACCACUUUAGCUCAAGCAUACCUGUUCCUCCGCGGUGAUCUCCACAUAUCUAGCGAGGAUAUCCAUCGAUCUUUUGGAAACACAUUAAGACUGCGCACCCGUGAACAGCUUAUCUCUCACUUGCAUGGGCUGCUCGGGCGAAGAAUCGACGACUUAUCUGAAGCGGCAGGGAUGGCCGGUACCUUCACCCACCUAGUAUCUGCAGAGAGGCCGACCACAGAUGGUACUUCUUCCCAUGCCGGUACCGCUUGGGACUUGGACACCGACGGGAUUCUAAAUUUGCUAUACAGUGAAAUACAAGCGGAUGCAUUCCUCACGGCGUUUGGUGUCUACAAGGAACUCAAUCACCUGGGAGCCAGGAUGCUUGAUCCGGAAACCAUGGAAAUUAAUAUUAGUGGCGUUGGAUUAUCGACUUCCCACCACACGGAAGGAGAGCUACCAGGGACUGGUCCAUCUAAACGAAACUGCACAAAACGUAACCCGGCACAUCUAACCUGUAUCCUCGACAUGAGCUAG